AUGGGAAUUUUAGGUGCCAAGAUUGUAAGUAAAAGGAAAUGUAAAAGCGCGGAAAGUUUGUACAGACAUGCUACAUCUUGCACUCAUGCACGAGGAGCACUCUCUCUAAAUUGCCGGUAUUGUCAGCGACCUUACACUUAUCUUGGUUACCUUCAUAAACAUGAAUUGGAAUGCGCGCAAACCAUCAUGGCCAGAAGAGGCGAUCAAUUUCGAUGA